UUAAAACUCAACUGUAUUUGUGUUCAAAUAAAAGAAACUCUCAGAAUAUUAUGGCAACAGUAUAAAGAAAAGUCAUGGAUAAUAAAGGUAAAAUUAAAAAAGGUGUGUUGAGCAGCAACAAUGAACAAUAUUCGGAUUGGAAAUUGUGCUUGGGUUUGUUUUUUGUGUUUGGUUGUCUUUGUUUCAUAGUUUUGUUUUCGUUGUUUGGUUAUUUUAUUUUCUGGAGGAAACUUUUUUGAAUUGGUGAAGGACUCGAGGACUCGAAGGAUUGUGUCGAUUAAGAUUCUGUUUAUUCAUAGUACGAAGAUACAAUUUAUAUUUUUGUGUGGUACAUUAACUUUAUUUGGUGUUUGUUGUGAUGCAGAAUACGAAUUUAUUCCAGAAAAAUAUAAAUAUCUAACGGAUGAAGACAAUUCAUAUUUUCAUAUAUGGUUUCCAUAAUCAGUUCAUACUUUUCAUUCAUAAAUAUGGGACAUCAAGUUAAUUUGGGGCUUAUUUAAUCCGGAAACUACAAACAAUCGAAUUUUACGAGAAGGCGUUGUAUAUUUAUCGAUGGGUUUUUAUUAUUUUGGAAUUGCUGAAGAUUUUCUAUUACCGCAUGGGCACUGUCUAUAUCACUUUCACAAAUGGGCUAUAUUCAUGCCAACUUGAUGGUGACAACAAAAGCACCUUCAGAAGUUUUUAGACGCUUUGUAUGGAAUAUUUUUUGUUCAGAAAAUGAACAUUUAAAACAUUUAAACAGUUAUGAUAAGUUUAAUGCCAUAAGUGAUUUGACCGUAGUUCCGAUUGGUAGUUCCAAUCUAGCACAAAUACUACACAUGAUGGAUAAAGUUGAUGGAGUUUUUAAUGGACGAAACAAAAAUGGUAAUGGUAAUUGUAAGAAACAAGUUGAUCCACGGUUAACUUUAGAAGAAUCAGCAAAGUGGCUAAACAUUAAUUUCAUUAGAAGUGUAAUAAAAAUCAAGAAGUCGUAUACCGCAAUAAAAAUAUUUUAAGACAAUCGUCUAAUUCUUGAUAAAAAUUGGGAGCUUUAAAAAUAUUAUGGACUGUCUUAACUAAGUUUUAUAGGGUAUAGUUAUAAUAGGUCAUUCAAAUUGAAAAGAGGUCAAAUAGAAGAGAGUGUAGAUGUAUAUGUAUGUGUACAUAUAUGCACUCAAAUCUAUUGUCUCUCUCGGACAGUCUCAUUUCAUUUUGAACAAUCUAUAUGAUUCCUGUCUUAAGACUGAAUUAUGCAUUGCGUUUGUAUUGAUCCAACUGAGGGUUACGAUUCAAUCCAGGCUAAUUAAACUGAGUGGUCCACGUCAUAACAGCAGAACUACAUCAAAUGGUAGAUAACGUUAAAAUAAUGAUAAUUUUUUAAUACAAUUCCAGCCUUUUCUAGAUGCAGGGUGCUGAAAUGUUGCCUAAAGAUCGGCUUAGAAAAGUUGGAAAUUUGACAGUAUGAGCUAAGGAUUCUUCAUGAUUCAAGGGUUAUAUGGUGAUAUAAAACCAACGUUAGUGUUAUUACCCCGUAUCAAAAAAAAUCUCUAUCGCCUGUGACUUUAUUUCAAACACGUUAACGUUAUGUCAAAUUUCUAAUUUUUCUUAGCAGUCGUUAUUAAUUUUCGCAAUAUCCUUUUUUUCUAAAACAACAACAUCUUGUAUCUAAAAAAGGUUGCCCCCGCGGCUAUAAGUGUAUUAAGAAAUUAUCAUUAUUUUAUCGCUAUCUACCAUUUGACAAAAUCCUGCUGUUUUAACUUGAACUAUCCGGUAUAUAUUACUCUCAAAACGCAAAAUGAAAUUAUGGAAUUGUAUAAUUCAUUCGAAGAUAGUUUGAUAUUUAUUUACAUUAAAAAAAAUAUGCCUCGCGCAUUAUUCAGCAAUAAAAACGUAUUCAACUGAAAAUGAUGAGAUUCAGGCCGAAGAUAAUUGGUGAUCAGAACAUUUUGACCAUAAACACCUAUUAUUCUUUUUUGUUAUAGUACUUGUGUGAUAUGUUGUCAGUUCAUUAAUAUUGUGAUCUAGUAUUUUUAAACUGUGAUAAUAAUACUUUUUUUAAAUUUGUAUUUUUUCUUCCAUUUUAUUUGAUUUUGUGUACCUCCAGUCGCUAGGAGGUGUUUUCGAAAUUUAGAACAUUUCCGAUAUUUUUUGACCAGCAAAAACAAAUUUUUGAUGGUUUUAAACUAGUCCACUCGUUAAGCUUUUCCCCACCCCUUCAUCCGAUUGAUCCAAAAAUUCGAUGUAUGUAAUCACCGUUUAGGAUGCAACAAAAAACAGUCGAAUUUAAAGAAAAAAAAAUCAUCUGAAAAAGUUAGGCUUAACUAAUAGAGAUUACAUAGAUGAUUAUUUUUGGGUUAAUACAAUCUUAACACGGAAAUGGCAAAAGAAUCUAAGAGUUUUCCUUAGAUUCUCCUUCUACCCAUUUUUAUGUUAAGAUUGUACCUUCCAAAUUUCAUUAUAUUCGAACAAUGGUUUUUGAGUAAUAGGCCCGCAAAAAUUAUAAAAUUUUCGAUUAAAGUGCCUGUACAUAUCUAUCUAAUGUG